GUUCAGUCAAUGUCAUCGGAUCUUAACCUAUUCUCGUUAUGUACCUAUUUAAUUUUAAUUAAAUGGAAUAAAUACACAGUGUUAUUAGUGAAUUAUAAAUGAAAAGCUCCUUAUGUUCAAUGGAAAAAGUUUUACAAGUUAUCUGUGAAUUUAAUAUGUGAAAUAAAUAUUUUAGCUAACCUAAAAUGGCUACAAAAAUAUUUAAAAAAUUUUGUCAGUUUAGACCUACAAGCGUAUUAUUUAAACGAUGGGAAAGUUCCGAUAAACGAGUAGCAAUGUAUGAUCCAUUUUCCACUAAAGUUAAAAAAAACAAGGAGACCUAUCUUCAAGUGAUCAAAAUGUUCGAAGGAAAUGAUAUUAGGAGGCGAGGUCAUGUAGAAUUUAUUUAUGCUGCUUUAGGUAGAAUGAAGGAAUUCGGUGUUCAGAAAGAUUUAGAAGUUUAUAAAGCACUUGUAGAAGUGUUGCCUAAGGGAAGAUUCAUACCACAGAAUAUUUUCCAAUCAGAAUUCAUGCAUUAUCCAAAACAGCAACAAUGUGCAGUAGAUCUUCUUGAACAAAUGGAGGACAAUAGUGUAAUGCCAGAUACAGAAAUGGAACAAAUGUUGCUGAAUAUAUUUGGUCGUCGCGGGAUACCACUGAGAAAGUUCUGGAGGAUGAUGUAUUGGAUGCCAAAGUUUAAGAACCUGAGCCCUUGGUACCUCCCUGACAAAUUGCCAGAUGACACACUUGAGUUGGCCAAGCUUGCCGUGGAACGAAUUACAUCUAUUGAUCCUGACACAAAAAUCGCUGUUUGGCAGACAGAAGAUAUAGAAGCUUCACUAGACAAAACAUGGAUUGUCAGUGCACAGAGUGGAGUUCAACAGGUGUUACUUGCAGAACAACCUGUUGAUGAACCCCUGGUAGUGAAAGGACCCUACAUUGUGUACAUGAGAGACCAAACAGUCAACUAUUUUCUUCUCAUUGGGAAAAUAAGACCUGAACCCAAAGAUGACACUGAUCCAGAUGAUGUAUCAAACAUUGAGAAGCCAUCCGGUAUACCUGGUGUCAUAGGGAGCACAAAACUUCCUACAAUAAAAUGCACAGUACAUGAACAAGAUGAUGGCACAAUAGUAUCUGUAUGUGCCACAGGCACGUCAUCCCGAGAUUCCUUAUUGUCUUGGAUAAGAUUACUAGAAAAAAAUGGUAACCCCGUGUUAUCUAGUGUUCCCGUGAUAUUUACCCUGACUGCACCCCCAUCAGACAUAGCAGUACAAGAAACUCAGCCAGCCAUAAAAAAUGAGAAAGAAAAUUCACAAAGCAGCUGAUGUAAACAUUGUUAAAUUUAUAUUUGAUGUAGUGCUAAAUUAUAUCAUUUGUUUUA